UAUGGUGUGUUUGUGUAGGUCUGUGUAGUCUUGGAGGCAUGUUUUCCUCACUGUUCCGCUGCUCCGUUCUCCUGAUGUUUCCUAGUAUGAUUGGAUCUCAAGGCCGGACAUUCCUGAUGGUUUUUGUGCUGCAUGGACUUUACCACGGCCCCAUUGCAAACAUCCAGCAUAACGUGCAGGAUGUGGCUUCCUCCAUGGGCUGUAACAUAGACCUGCAGAUCACACACAGCAAGGUGAUGUGGAGAAUGCUGACAGAGCCUUACGUGCAAGUAGUGCAGGAGAUAGUGAAUGACAGUGAGGAAUUUCAAAAAGUGUCUCAAAAUGUGAGCAAAAAGUUCCAGAAGAUCCGGGAUGAGGUAAUGGGUCGAUACGGAUAUGACUCUCUUGGUAAGGAGUCCGUCCAUACGGCCAACAGCACUCAGGAGGAGUAUGUAGCGAAGACUAGAGCACGUUGUGACUAUGUGGUGCAGCAGGGAAUUAGCCGAUGUCAGGAUUGGUUCAGUACUAAGUGGAAAGAGUGUAUGAAUACCAUUCAAGCCCCUCUUAUAAACAACUUUCUCUGCAUACCUAUGCAAUUCCACUUUCUGUGUGAUAUCAUGAGAGUGAUGACAUCAUGGUGCACAGAGAAAAUCCCAGUUGAGGGAAACUUUGGUCAGACCUUCGACAAACUAAAUGACUCCAUCAACAUGCUUGCAGAACACUUCACCACCAAUGUAGUGCUUAAGAAUUUGGAGCAGCAGUCAGUGUUUGGAGUAAACGUUCUCCAGAAUUUCUCUAUGGAGCUGAGCCGUGUGUUUCAGGAGAAAACUGUAAUUGCUGAGAAGAUAGCUGGGGUGAUUAACUUCCUUCUCUCAUUCACCUUCAUCACGGUGUUCACCUCAGCAUUUGGAUAUGUUCGUCAAUUUUGCAGAGACAUUCAUUUUGACAAUGUCUACAUAACUACUUACUUCAGACAGAUUGAUGCUCGAAGAAUAAGAGCUGGAAAGAGGCAUUUGCUACCACUGAAGAAAGCAGAGCAAGAGAGUUUGAUCAACCCAUGGAGCUUAUUUAUCCACCCAAGCGAGCUCAUGCCUGUGAUUGUGGGCUUCCUGCAAGUUGCAUCUCUGGCUUUGUUUGUGUGUGUUCUGCUGGCUGUUGAUGGAAUCCUGUACAACAUAUUUGACCUCAUCCGAAGACACACUUUCACCACUUACUCUGUUACUAGUGUUCAACAUGCAGACAUUGUAAUUGGUGGAGAUUCCAUGUUAGCCAGACUUCUGCGGAAAACCAUUGGGGCCUUCAACACCUCUUCCAAUCUUGACGUGCAAUCAAGUAACUUGCAUUGUUUGCCCCAGCCACAUGCUCUGAGCCAGUCGAACUACUUGCGGAUCUUCCUCCCCCUUUUACUGAUGUGCCUCAUGUGCUGCCUGCAGGUAUACACCAAUCGUCUGCGCCGGGUCAUCACCACCUUCUACUUCCCAAAGAGAGAAAAGAAACGGAUCCUCUUCCUCUACAACCUACAGAUCCAGAAACGCAUCUCCUUCAUCAACAGACAGCGUCAUCGGCUGAGAAAUCAAAAACAUACUUUUAUAACGGUGCUGUCGGUUCUGUUGGCCCUUCUGAGGCGUGUGGGCUGUAGGUUGCACUGGUGCUGGGUGUGUGAUAGGUUUGUGAAACAGAAGCAGGCUGUGCUGUGCAGUUCUGUAGGCUGCACAGUGAUCUAUUGCCAGCAAUGCUGGACAGACCUGGGCAACAUCUGCUACGCCUGCUUCCCUCAUAACCAGUGUGGACCACAAGAUAACGGCUCUGAUUCUGAUGUGUACUACAGCUGCUGAUGAACUUCACUCCACCUUCAAAGUUCAGCUACUAACAUGUAAAGUUUUCAUAGUCUCAAACUGCAUUAAUGGCUGAUAAAACUUUUUUGAUUUCAACACGUCUUCUAUGGACAAUUAAAGUGGCUCUGCUAAAGUGUAAACAAUUGGAAUUGGUUAAAUCAAGUUUAUGUAAGCAAGGUUUUUACCCAAAAAUGACUUUCAUGGUGUCCCCUGCCCUACAUUAUGUCUGAAACACUAUAUAUACGCUGGUCAUUUAUAUAGAU